AUGGUUUCUGCCCUAAUCAAGACUGUAUCAUCCUAUAUUGAAAAGAUUUAUAAAGGAAUGUUUACAAAGAAAUUGGCAAACCCAAUAAAGAAGAAAGAAAGAAGCGAAAAUAAAGAGCCCAAAUUGACCACUGAUUUGCAAGCACACAAUCCAACGCUUUCUACCACUCUGAAGACUACGGUUAAAAAGAUUUCCAAAUGCUCUUCGGCACGUAACAUAUCGCUUGAAGAGGACAACGGAAAGAACGACUGCUCAUCUCUCUCACCCACUUUCAGUUAUCGGGUAGCCAUAGCAAACGGACUUCCAAAAAACUCUGUCUUUUUGAAUAAUAAUGAAAGCAUAUUUCCUGAGGUUAUUUCAAUUGAUAGUAACUACUCUGACUCUUUGAGUGACGCAAAACUUGUACAGAGACUGGACGAGCAUAAAUCACACACAAUGCCAGUAAGACGAAACAGAAAGAGUCUCAUAAGUUUGGCUCCCUCUGAUGGCAGUUCUGAGGGUGAACGAGUGGAACGCUCCAGUUUACACACACUUAGGCUUGGUGCUCUACGCAAGUUAAGAAAAUGGAAAAAGAGCCAGGAAUGUGUCUCCUCAGACUCAGAGGUGAGCAACUGGAGGAAAACCCUGGGUAUACGCAGCAAGUCUUUGGACCGUGCUGGACGGCAACAAAAAAGCUCAACCCUUGAGCCUGGCUCCUCGUCAACAGGUUGCAUCAGUCAAACCCAAGAUGUAAUGGAAAUGAUCUUUAAGGAGCUUCAGGGUAUCAGCCAGAUAGAGACUGAACUAUCUGAGCUUCGUGGCCAUGUAAAUGCUCUCAAGAGUUCCAUUGAUGAGAUCUCCAGCAGUGUGGAGGUAGUUCAGAGUGAGAUUGAACAGCUUCGCUCUGGAUUUGUCCAGUCUAGAAGGGAAACACGUGAUAUUCAUGAUUAUAUUAAGCAAAUUAGUCACCAGGCCAAUAAUUCAACCUUGCGGUUCCUCAACGUUCCUGAAGAAAAAUCUGAAAAAACAGAAAUCGUGAUAUACAAAAUGCUAAAAGACAAAAUGGGUUUCAUUGAUGCCCAUAAAACAAUUAAAAUCGAGUUGGCUCAUAGGUUAGGUCAGCAAAGAGAAUGUUCUAAUGCAAAACCUCGUCCUAUUAUUGUUAUUUUUGCUACAACUCAAGAUAGGGAUAUAGUUUUAAAAAAAUGCUAUAAACUUAAAGGAACAGGUAUUACAGUGUCCACUGAUAGCUUAACUCAUGAUGGAAAGGAGAGAAAAGACAAAGCGAUGUCAUCUUCACAAACAUAUGAAAGUAUGGAUAUAAAGGUCUCAGGAAAAGAUAAAGUUGUGGAGAGUGAUGACUGGGACUCAAUGGACAGUGAUAAAGAACUGGAUGAACUAAGUAGAAAUAAAUAUGCAAUGGUCAUUUCAAAGCCUGUUCAUAAGGCUAAAUCGGACAAGAGGCGGGCCCAUGAACAUAGCCGUUCAGGAGAUGAAGCAGGUUACUCAGGCACCGUUCACUAUGCUGAUGACUCUUACUAUGACCCAGACAAGAACACAAAGGCUUACUACUCAGAUAUGACCUCUGGCUGGCUUUCCCAGAGUGACUAUUCAACACCUAAGCUUAGCCGUUCAGAGUCUGACUGUUCAAAACUUUGUCAAUCAUACUCAGAAGACUUUUCAGAAAGUCAGUACUUUACAAGGGCAAAUGGAUCCUCCCUUCUGUCCUCCUCUGAUCAGGAACUGUGGCAGAGAAAACAAGAGGAUAUGGCCUCCUCUUGGUAUGCUAGCCCUGGUCACCCUAUUGGCCACGAUAAUCAAACUUAUGAACAUAAUGAGGCUGAGACCACAGAAACCAUUGAUAGCGGAGUUAGCAAUGGACUUGUUUGUAUGUCAGGGGAUAGAAGCCACUACAGUGGCUCCCAGCUGUCUCUGCAGGGUGAUCUAUCUCCUUGGAAAGACUGGCAUCAUCUGGAGCAGGGUGCUGACUCUGGGUUAGAAGCCUCUAUAGAGGUUAGCAGCCCCUUUGAUCCAACAACCAUACCUGGUUUUCCAGAGAACAUCACUAAAUGCCAGGAAGUUGAUUUACAGUUUGAGGGUGAUGAAGAAUUCAUGAUGCUAGAUAGAGAAUCUUCCUUACCACCUAUAACCACCCACAUUAUUCCUCCCAUCACAGAGCGUGAAUCUGUCAAGACUUCCUCACGGCAGUCUAAAGAGGGAUCAAAGAUAAUUGCAAAAGAAACUAAGAAAGGAACAUCUAAAGAUGCCCCCAAAACUGCAGCUAAAGUGACACAAAAACAAAGUAAACCUUCCCCCAAAGAGGAAAGCAUCAAAAUAUUGCCGAAAGAAAGUUCAAAGGUUUCUGCAAAGGUCACACCUAGAAUAUCAUCUAAAACAGCCCCUAAAGAGUCACCAAAGGAGAUAUCACAAUCAGCUGUGAAAGAACGUUCUCCAACUAUCCAGAAAGAUAGUCCUAAACUUGCACCAAAAGAAACCACAAAGUCCGUAGUUAAGGAGGUGUCUAAAGUAACACCAAAGGUUAAUUCGAGUGAAGCUGUUAAGGUCACUUCUAAAGUGAUGCCCAAAGACAGCCCGAUAAUAACUCCAAGAGAAAGCCCUAAAGAGUCACCUAAAGAGAGCCCAAAAAUAACCCCAAUUGAUACCCCUGUUUUAACCCCUGCCUCCACCCCUAAAGAGUCUCCUAAAGAGUCACCUAAAAUCAUUGCAAAAGAACCCAAACAAGGUAUACCUAAAGAUAGUUUAAAGGUUGUUGCUAAGGAAGUCCCCAAGGAAGCUUCAAAACCACCCUUCAAAGAGCCCCCAGAGGAGAUGUCAAAAGCAGUAUCUGAGGAGGUCACGAAAGUACCCAUUAAAGAUGUUUCUAAGAUUAUACACACAGAAACUCCAAAAACAGCCGCAAAAGAGAGUCCUAAAGUGAAUGCCAAAGAGACAACUAACGUAGUUCUGGCAGAACCAUCAACAGUUACACCAAAAAUAGCUUCCAAGGAUGUCACAAAGGAAACAGUCAAAACAGGUUCCAAAGAAAAAUUUCCUGAACUAGAUGUUAAUCAUAGCUUUCACCAGCCCCCGAGCAAGUCCACAAGUAUGUAUCGCAGCCAGAGUGAGAUUCGAACAGAGAAGGUAGAGGAGGUUCCCAAGUCUUGGAGCAGUAGACUUAGUAUCGAUCUCAGUGAAAAGUCAUUUGGUUUUGGAUUUGGAUCCACUCUUCAGAGAGCUAAGUCUGCUUUGGAGGUAGUCUGGAAAUCUGGAUCACAGAAUACACCUGCUCCUCCUGAGGAACCUGCCAACUCCUCGUCAACAUUCAUGGGUCGUUUCCGCACCCUGCCCACUCCCACUGCUAAUAACUCCACAACUACAAUAGACUCAGAGGCCCACAUAGAAACCACCCUCCAUAAACCAAAGGAGGAGAAAAAAUGUGCAGAAGCAAGGGAACAAUCAGUGGACAGUGAGACCGACUAUGUUGAAGUGAUGGAGCAGGUGCUAGCUAACCUGGAAAACAGGACUAACAUUAAUGACACUGAGGAGAAUGCUGAGGUUGGGCAAGAGUGUGAGACCUCUCAGGACUAUGAUGCAUCUGAUGACAUUGAGGCCAUCCAAGACAAUGAUGAAUCUCAGGAUAUUGAGGUUUCUCAAGAUUUUGAAGCCCCAGGUGAUUAUGUGGCAGCUAAAGAGGCACGUGUUCUGGAAUAUGAUUGCAGUUUGGAUGAGCAGUAUGAUGAAGAGUACAAUGAUGAUAAUGAAACCCAGCUAACCGAGGAUGCUGAUGAUUAUGAUGCCAUGAUUGAAUACGUCGAUGUUGAAGAACCGGACGAGACUGAGGACAAUGAUGUGACAGAGGAGAUGGAAGAGGGUGAUGAAGAGUUUGAGGAUGUAGAAGAGAUAGCAGAGGAGGCUGUUGAGGUGUCUGACAAAGUGGAACAAAGUCAGGAGGAUGAAAACAAAAAUGUGCCAGAGGAGAAGCCUGUGGAAGCACCACCCAAGAAGCGCAUUCGACCCACAUUCAAAGAGGCGGCAUUGAGGGCCUACAGGAAGCAGAUGGCUGAACUGGAGCAGCAGAUCCUUGCGGGGGACGCCAGUGUUCUGGAUACUCAGCCUCGCAGUAUUUUGGAUCCCAAAGUGCUCGGUUUGCAGUCUGGAGGGACUGGCAGCAUUCUUUAUGGUAUUGACAGCAUGCCAGAUUUACGCCGCAAGAGGACAGUGCCUCUUGUCCGAGACCUGACACUCACUGCUCGAAAGGCAGGCAUUUCGUUUGCUCUGGUGAACCGGUCCACUCUAAAUAAUGAGGAACUGAAACUGCACGUCUUCAAGAAGACUCUCCAGGCUUUGAUCUACCCGAUUUCAUCCACCACACCCCAUAAUUUUGAGGUGUGGACGGCAACUGCUCCCACCUACUGCCAUGAGUGUGAGGGUCUCCUUUGGGGCAUUGCCCGUCAGGGCAUGCGCUGCUCCGAGUGUGGCGUUAAAUGCCACGAGAAGUGCCAGGACCUGCUCAAUGCAGAUUGUUUACAAAGGGCUGUGGAAAAAAGCUCUAAGCAUGGAGCAGAAGACAAGACUCAAAAUAUCAUCAUGGCCAUGAAGGAGCGCAUGAAGAUAAGAGAGAAGAAUCGCCCCGAGGUGUUCGAGGUGAUCCAGGAAAUGUUUGAAAUUUCCAAAGAAGAAUUUACUACACAUCUGAAAACAGCAAAACAGGCUGUGCUGGACGGGACCUCCAAGUGGUCUGCCAAAAUCAGCAUAACAGUCAUGAGUGCACAGGGUUUACAAGCCAAGGAUAAAACUGGCUCCAGUGAUCCUUAUGUCACCGUCCAGGUGGGCAAGACCAAACGCAGGACAAAGACCAUCUUUGGCAACCUCAACCCGGUCUGGGAUGAGAAGUUCUACUUUGAAUGUCACAAUGCAACUGACCGCAUAAAGGUGCGUGUGUGGGACGAGGACGAUGACAUCAAGUCACGAGUGAAGCAACAUUUCAAGCGGGAGUCAGAUGAUUUCCUUGGUCAGACCAUUAUCGAGGUUCGCACGCUCAGUGGAGAAAUGGAUGUUUGGUACAAUCUGGACAAAAGAACAGACAAAUCUGCAGUAUCUGGUGCCAUCAGGCUAAAAAUCAGUGUUGAAAUGAAAGGGGAAGAAAACGUGGCUCCUCCUCAUGGCCAGUACACCUGCUUACAUGAGAACCUGUUCCAUUGCCUGACUGAGGUAAAAAACAGCGGGGUGGUGAAGAUCCCGCAGGUGAAAGGGGACGACGCAUGGAAGGUCUACUUUGACGACGUGUCUCAGGAGAUAGUGGAUGAAUUUGCCAUGAGAUACGGAGUGGAGUCCAUCUAUCAGGCUAUGACACAUUUCUCUUGUCUAUCUGCCAAAUACAUGUGUCCUGGUGUGCCAGCAGUGAUGAGCAACCUACUUGCUAAUAUCAAUGCCUAUUUUGCCCAUACAACCACCACCACCACAACUACUGCCUCUGCCUCUGACCGAUUUGCUGCCUCUAACUUUGGGAGGGAGAAAUUUGUCAAAUUGCUGGACCAGCUACAUAACUCAUUGAGGAUUGACCUGUCUAAAUAUCGGGACAAUUUCCCUGCCGGAAACCCUGAGCGUCUCCAAGACCUGAAGUCCACGGUUGAUCUACUAACCAGCAUCACAUUUUUCAGGAUGAAGGUGCAAGAGCUUCAGAGUCCACCCAGAGCCAGUAUGGUUGUAAAGGACUGUGUAAAAGCGUGCCUCGACUCAACAUACAAAUACAUCUUCGACAACUGUCAUGAACUGUACAACCAGCUUCUUGAUCAGAGCCGAAAGCAGGACCUUCCGAGAGAGGAGCAGGGUCCAUCCAUAAAGAACCUGGAUUUCUGGCCAAAACUCAUCACUCUUAUGGUAUCUGUAAUCGAUGAGGACCGCACAGCCUACACCCCCGUAAUCAACCAGUUUCCACAGGAGCUGAGUGUGGGCAAGAUCAGUGCCGAGAUCAUGUGGAACCUCUUUGCCCAAGAUAUGAAGUAUGCAAUGGAA